GGUGUUAAACAUUUUGAGGCUCUUCCAAACACCAACCUGCCAGUCCCAAUGAUGGAAGCUUGGGUGGCCUGUGACUGGGAGCUGGUGCCCACAGGCUUGAAGGCCUUGGGUAACGAUAUUGAAGCACCAGUUGGCCAAGUGGAGAAGGGUGUUCAGGAUGCGCGCGGCUUCUUGGAAAAGAUUUGCAGCGAGUCACAGAGAAGACAAGUCAUUACGCAGGCAGAAGUUGAAGGGUUUCUUGCCUUAGCAUGCGCUGGAGAAGACGUGUGGCAGACCUUCCACCACGAUGAAAAGCUCCACGCACGAAGGCACAAGGAUCGUACCCUUGUCGGAGGAGCAAUCUUCGUUAAGGUCUCAGGUUAUUUUCCAGGGGUCACCGUGGACCACGUGGCUCACUGCUACAUGAACUUCAACGACCGUGCUGGCUGGGAUAGGCAGAUGGAUGGCUUCAAGGUGCUGCAGCAUGGCGAGGGCAAUGACCUCAUGCACACGGUACUUCACUCACCCCCAUUGUCGGAUCGUGACUUCUUGGUGUGGCACAUCGUUCUUCGCCACACCAAUGGAAAGGGCCUGAUGUUCUAUAGCCGGUCUGCAGACGACAGCUUCUAUCCUCCUGGUCGUGCAGUGAGGGCCAUGCAGUAUAUCGGUGCUCAUCAGUUGAUUCAAGAUUCAGGUGGGGUGACCUUUACCACAAUCACUGCAGUCGAGCCUUACAUCCCGUUUCUCCCAAGGUGGGUGAUGAGCCUUUUGCUGCCGUCUGAGUUCAAGCGUUGGCGGAGUUCUGUGUUGCGACGUUGCAGCGAGCUGCGUGGUCAGAGGGUACCGUGCACUGGGCUUUUUACUUUGGACACACCAGAGGUGGAGAUCGAUACAAAGCCUAGCGUUGGUGCUUUGAGUACAGGCAUUCCAGAGCUUCCAAGCGACCGACUCGAAAUUGCAACGACAAUGUCUGAAGAUGAUCACCUGCAGUGCUCUUUCUGCCAGUGUCUCGGGUAGGCAUGUGCUGUUUAUAAGCUACGCUGGUCUCUUUGCCAGUGUCUCCGGUAGGAAUGUGCUGUGCAAUGCUGUGCACCAUUGUGCACCGCUCUCUUUCCUGUGUCUCGGGUAGGACAGUACUGCGCGUAUUUGGAAGAGUGCGGAAACGGCGUUUGUCGUCAGUGUUCGCUAUUCCAAGAACUUUUUGGCUACCCUGGGACCUUUGUGCUUCCUGAGAUG